AAAGAGUUUCAAAGCAGCUAGCCUUGUUUUCCUAUAAAUAUUUCCUUUGCUUUUUUCCUAAAUUCAUAUCUUCAAACAAAAUAAGAAAAAAAAGUGAUCGUCACUUUAUAGGUUUUGAAGUUAUUAGGGUUAUUGAAAAUGGAAGCUCUUCUUAAGCCUAUCAAAGUGAAAAUAGAUGUUGAAAAUUUUACAUUGGACGACAGUGAGGCAAAUCAACCUCUGAGUCCAGUUGCUCGUAUGUUUCAUGAGUCUGAUUCCAAUGUCUACAUUAUUGCCAUGAUCGGCUUGAAGACAAAAAUCAAUGCAGAAGUUGUUAAAGCAAACUUGGUGCAUACUUUGCUAAAGCACUCUCGUUUCUCUAGCUUGCAGGUUGUGGAUGAAAUGAAUAGUGGUAGGCUAAUAUGGGUCCCAACAGAGGUUAAUUUGGACAAUCACGUUAUAGUCCCAAAACUUGAUCCAGAUGACAUCGACUCACCGGAUAAAUUUGUGGAAGAUUACAUCUCCAACCUGAGCAAAAAUAAAAUCAAAAUGUCUAUGCCAAUGUGGGAUCUCCAUCUCCUCAAUGUUAAAACUUCUGAAGCUGAAUCCGUCUCUGUUUUUCGAGUUCACCACUCUCUUGGUGAUGGAACUUCUCUUAUGUCUCUCUUCCUCGCUUGUACUCGUAAGGUUUCUACCCCAACAGAACCUCCCACCAUUCCAAUGGUUAAGAAAGUGAAUUCCGGAAAAUCCUCUAGAGGGUUGAAGGGAAAAUUCAUCAAAUUGUGGUUGGAUAUGUGGCUGCUUUGGAACACUCUUGUUGAUGUUAUGAUGUUUCUUGCUACGGCAUUAAUGCUUAUAAAGGAUACGAAAACACCACUCAAAGGUCCCUUGGGCUUUGGCUCAAGUCCUCGGCGAUUCGUUCAUCGAUCAGUCAGUUUGGAUGACAUCAAGCUUAUAAAGAAUUCGACAAGAACUACAAUCAAUGAUGUUAUGCUGGGAGUGACUCAAGCAGGGUUGUCUCGGUAUCUUAAUCGAAAAUAUGGGGAGAGUGAUAAGAUUGAUAAGGGAUCGUCAGAAAGAAGUAACAAUCUUCCAAAGAGUAUUCGUCUUAGAGCAACUUUCUUCAUGAACCUUAGGCCAAUUCCAGGGAUUCAAGAGCUAGCUGAUAUGAUGAAGAAGGGUACUAAAGCAAAGUGGGGUAACCAAAUUGGUUAUUUGAUCUACCCUUUCACAAUUGCAUUACGAGAUAAUCCACUGGAUUACCUUCGAGAAGCUAAGGCAGCCAUGGAUAGGAAAAAAGCUUCUCUAGAGGCUUCUUUCUCAUUUUUCUUGGCUAAAUAUUUUCUCAAGUUUGGUGGCUUGAAGAUGGCGAGCUUUCCAUCUCAAACAACAUUGUGGUUCUCAAAUGUGGCUGGCCCUCAAGAAGAAAUCAGUUUGUUUGGGCAUCCAGUGGCUUAUAUAGCUCCAAGUUGUUUUGGACAACCUAAUGGAUUGAUGAUUCAUGUUGUGAGUUACGCGAACAAGAUGACAUUCAUCUUAUCAGUUGAUGAUGAUAUUAUUCCUGAUCCUCAUCAGCUUUGUGAUGAUCUUGAAGUAUCUCUCAACCGCAUCAAAACUGCCGUCAUUAAUUAGUAGAGGACUAGUUAAGGAAGAUGUCAUCAUCAGUGACCAAUACAUACUAUCGCAGUACUGGUCCGUAGUUAUAUUUUUUGCGAUAGCUCAAAUAAGUAUCUAGAUAUGUAAUUUUAAAUAAUUGAAAAACGAAAAUGUAUUGAAUCGCUUUUCUUUCA